CCAAAAUACAUGGUUUUCUUUCUGUAAAACUGUAAGUGUAAAAUGUAAUCUGAAAUCUGAAUCUCAUUGCACAAGUUUUACGCGAUCUGUAUCCGAUUAGAAACGGGACGUAGGUAACCAUGAGUAAAAGACGCCGGGCGUCUUCUGUGGCCAGCCGGGGGGCCGACGGUGAUGAUAGCGACGAUGUAGAGCUCAGUAACCCUGGACCGCCGCCAUCGGCUAGGAAGAAGAAGAAGUUGGAUCCAGGAGAGAUUUGCCAACAACUGUACGAUACGAUAAGAUCUCACAAAAAAGAGGAUGGAACUCUAUUGUGCGAUUCAUUUAUACGAGCUCCUAAACGUCGUCAAGAACCACACUAUUAUGAAGUUGUGUCCCAGCCUAUUGACUUGUUGAGGGUUCAACAAAAACUAAAAACGGAUACGUACGAAGACAUUGAUGAGUUGUCAGCCGACAUUGAGCUUCUCGUGAACAACGCGAAAGCAUUCUACAAAUCAGAUUCAGUGGAGUACAAGGAUGCAAAUGACUUGUGGAAACUUUACACGCACAACAGACAAGCUCUCGAAAAUGGAGAAGAAAUCAAGACUCCAAAAAUGUCUCGUAAUGGCUCUUCAAGCCGUAGAUCUGAUGUGGCUGAGGAUCUAUCAGAAUCGUCCACUAAUAAUGAGGAGGACAAUGUGUUUGAGGAGUUAUUUAAUGCUGUCAUGACAGCGAACGCCGACGGCCGUCCUCUCUACCCAGCCUUCCAGUUCCUACCAUCAAAGCGCCGCUACCCAGAGUACUUCAGUGUCAUCGAAAACCCCAUAGACUUGAAGACAAUCGCACAGAAAAUACAGGGUGGCGAAUACUGCACACUACUUGAGCUGGAAAGAGAUCUACAGAUGAUGGUCAGAAACGCCUGCCAUUUCAACGAGCCUGGCAGUCAGAUUUAUAAGGAUGCUAAGACACUGAAAAAGGUGAUCACGGUACGCAAGCAAGAAAUCGAUCAACACGGGCGCGGCGGGCCACCGAAGACCUCCGAACGGAUCCGCAGCAAACGCACGUCCCGCGUCGGCCCCGUGCCCUCCAGUAAGGCGCUGGCGAUCAUGGAGCCGCCGGGGUCUGACCAGGAGCCCGAUGUUAAGCAUUCGGAGGACAGCGCGGGCGACAGUGAUGAAGAGAAGAUCGAAAAUGAAGAUUCACCGCAGUGGAAGCUGUUGGAGACAAUAAAGAAUCACCUUGGUUCUAACGGUACACCAAUGGCCGAGCCAUUCUGGAAGCUGCCCUCCCGCAGAGCUUACCCAGAUUACUACAAAGAAAUCAAGAACCCCGUCUCUUUGAAUCAAAUCAAGAACAAAAUCAGACGAGGCAGCUACGGAACCCUGUCCGAAGUGGCCGGAGACAUGAACAUCAUGUUUGAGAACGCUAAGCAGUAUAAUGUGCCUACUUCUAGGCUGUAUAAGGAUGCUGUUAAGCUGCAGAGACUAAUGCAACAGCGCGUUCAAGAGCUGCUAGACAUCGUGCAGAGUUCGUCCAGUGAUGAAGAGAGUUUGUCUUCGGUGAAGAACCAAGUGAACACCCCCAGACCUAGAGGUCGUCCGCGCCUGAACCCCACUCCAGCGUCGGCGCCGUCACCCUCGCCGUCUCCAGUGCCCAAGCCUAACGUGCCUCUCAAGAAGAAACUGCACUACAUCGCUAAACAACUGCUGGAAUACACCUGCCCUGACGGCAGGCAGCCCAUGCUUCUGUUCAUGGAGAAACCCAGCAAGAAACUGUACUCGGAGUACUACAAUGUCAUCGAGAAACCCAUUGAUAUGAUCACCAUUGAGGCUAAUAUUAAGAACGACCGCUACAAUACAAUGGAGGAACUAAUAUCCGACUUCCGGCUUAUGUUCGCCAACUGCCGACAGUUCAACGAAGAAGGCUCGAUGAUAUACGAAGACGCGAACCUUCUAGAACGCGUCAUGUUGGAGAGGCUCAAAGAACUCAGCAGUGGCACUCAUGAGAGGAAACAGAACUUGAAGAACAUCAAAGUUGUUAAGAGCAAACAGCUGACGCAGUUUGAACAGAAGCUGAGGACGUUGUAUGACGCGAUUAGGGAUUAUAGGGAUCCCAAAGCCAACCGCCAACUAGCCCUAAUCUUCAUGAAGCUGCCCAACAAGAUAGAAUACCCUGACUACUACGAGCUAAUAAAAAACCCUAUAGACAUGGAGAAAAUAGCUCACAAGCUAAAGAACAACGGCUAUAGCUCCGUGAACGAGCUCGCUUCCGACUUUAUAUUGAUGUUCGAUAACGCGUGCAAGUAUAACGAACCUGACUCCCAGAUAUACAAGGAUGCGCUUAUAUUGCAGAGGAUGUGUUUGCAGACUAAGCAAAUGCUUAGGGAGGACGAGGAUUCGGUGCCAGACGUGCCGGCCGCGGUGCAAGAACUGCUGCUCAAUCUGUUCACAACAGUCUACAAUCAUCAAGAUGAGGAGGGCAGAUGCUACUCAGACAGUAUGGCGGAACUUCCAGAACACGACGAGUCAGCUAGCGGCGAGAAAGUGCGCGCUAUAUCGCUGGACUUAGUCAAGCGCCGUCUCGACAGAGGCCUGUAUAAGCGGCUAGACCACUUCCAGCAGGAUAUGUUCGCUGUGUUUGAAAGAGCGCGUCGCCUCUCGCGCACCGAUAGCCAAAUCUUCGAGGACUCCGUGGAACUCCAAGCGUACUUCGUGGAACAGAGGGACCUUCUCUGUCGGAAUACCUUAUCGUCGCCCGCGCUGUCGUUCACUAGAGAUACGCUUACAACGAGCGUGGAGUUGGUUAAGCAGUGUAAGCUGUUGCAAGAGAAUGAAGAUGAAGAUGAUACCAAAUCAAGCAUAGACGACUCCAUGCCUGCGGGUAGCGCACCUCUACAACAGACUCAGUACAGCAAGGGAGACUUCGUGUACAUUCUCCCAGAGAAGGGAAACAAGGAGCCCGGCAUAGUGCAGGUGGAACGCGUGUGGACCAACAAGGAUGGCGUGCCGAUGCUGUACGCCAAUGUGUACUAUCGUCCCCACGAGACAUUCCACGUGCUGACACGCAAGUUCCUACACCAGGAGGUGUUCAAGACGGAAACGCACCGCACCGUGCCGCUGGACCAAGUCAGCGGGCACUGCUACGUCAUGAACGUCAAGGAGUACUUCAAGUUCAAGCCGCUAGGUUACUCCGACAAAGACGUGUACGUGUGUGAGAGUCGCUACAACACCAAGAACAGAUGGUUCAAGAAGAUCAAGGUCUGGGAGGGUUCGGAGAAGGAAGCCACUCUAGUUCCGAGAGACGUGCCUUUGGAACCCAACCGAACUGUGUCAGUGUUCCGUGAACGCGUCGAAAAACACAAGGACGAAUUGGCAGAGCUUGAAGUGUUGGAGAAUGUACAAGAAAAAGAGAGGCCUGACGUAGUGAUGUACAACCCUCUCGGGACAGACGACGAGAACACGUACUAUGAGCAGUACAACACAGUGUGUUCCGGCGUCAUCAAGACCGGCGAUUACGUAUACGUAGUCACGGACGGCGGCAAGCAAAUGAUCGCACAGGUCGACACUAUCUGGGAGACUGGCGAUAACAAAUGCUACUUCCGUGGGCCAUUCCUCAUUUUCCCGUCUGAAGUCGCCAACAUCAUCAGUAAGCCUUUCUACAAACAAGAGGUGUUGCUAACAACGAUCCAUGACACCAGCCCACUUGUGGGCAUCGUGGGGAAGUGCGCGGUGUUGGACUACGAUGAUUAUCUCAAAUGUCGCCCAACAGAGAUAUCGGAAGGCGACAUCUACGUCUGCGAGUCGGUAUACGACGAGUCUAGCCGCGUAGCGCGUAAACUCAAAGCCGGCCUACGCAAAUUCGAACACACGAAAGACGUCACAGUAGACGAGAUAUACUACUUCCCCAAGCCGCUGGGCCCACCGGCGCUUGCCACGAGCCUCGACGUGCAAGCUUCCACCAGCGCUUUCAACCAGAAGCAGUUCAACACCAACGUCAAUAUGGACCACAUGGUAAGAAGACCACAAAAUAUACACACGACAGCACAUCAGCAAAAGAAACCGAAGCACUGA